CCUACAGUUCAUGCACGCUCCCUAUUGUAGUUAUUGUACAUAGAGUAACUGAGUACUGAGAUUGUUGUAUGCCGUGUUUUAACUUAUUUGUAAUAUUAAAAAGCUGUUAUUUCACAUCCACUAGUUUAUUCAUUCGUGAUACCUCGUUAUCAUUGCCACGGUGUAGGAGUACCUAAUUUCAUUAGGGUUUAAUCCAUGUUUUAAUAUUAAAUGCUAUGCUCCUCACCGGACUCUACGGUGAUGUAGGGAGCCAAAAUCUCAAAACACAACUUUGCUAUUUUAACAGUCUAGGCGUCAGAAUUUAUUAUCUAUCUCUUCUUCCUCGCGUUGUCCCGGCAUUUUGCCACGGCUCAUGGGAGUCUGGGGUCCGCUUGGCAACUAAUCCCAAGAUUUGGCGUAGGCACUAGGUUUUAUAAAAGCGGCUAUUAGGCCUUGUUGCAGGGAUUAGCCGGUUUCCUCAAGAUGUUUUCCUUCACCGAUAAGCAACUGGUAAAUAUCAAAUGAUAUUUCGUACAUAAGUUCCGAAAAACUCAUUGGUACGAGCCGGGGUUUGAACCCGCGACCUCCGAAUUGUAAGUCGCACGCUCUUACCGCUAGGCCACCAGCGCUUGAAGAAUUUAUUAUCUAUAAAAUCUAUAAAUUUAUAUUUAUUCUGUAUUUAUAACGCGGUUAUCACACGGAUGCGUAUUCAAAAACCGCUGAGGUAUGUGUGAGUGAGGCAGCAUUAUGCACGUAUAUAGCGUACACGUACACCGUACAUACGCGAUGCCGUUCCUAAAAGCUUACAAGGAUUCAUGGGAGCACAUUAAACCUACCUUACCAUAUAUCACACAACUACAUGAUGAUUUUGUUAUGUUCUACGAUACGCAGACUCUGAGGGAUGUAGGUCACACUAAAGAACAUUUACUAUGAGCACCCAACCAACAAACCAACCAACCAACGAAAUCAGCUGUUCCAUAGAAAACAUUGACAUGUGAUUCACCGAGACGGCAGUUUUUUUUUGCACGAUUUCGGUGUUGGUCCUAUACUAUACGUAUGACCCACACGAUCACCCUUCAGAGUAUGGUCAGACAUAACAAGAUCAGCUUGUGGAUACAGAGUAAGUAGAGUUAUUAUGGCUGUGGUAUUCUUUAUAGUCCAACCAAUGGCCGCUGGGACAAAGCUUAUUGAAUGGCGACUGAAAAGUGAAACAAUCAGCAAGAGAAGGCCGCCAACUAGGUAGACCGACGACCACGUUAAGAUCGCAAGAAACAGUUGGAUGAGAACAGCGCAAUGCCGGUCAUUGUGGAUAUCCUUGGAAAAGACGCAGAAGGAGCAGUGGAUGAUACUUAACUUAAGCACUUUGGAUUGCCUCGGCAUAUAAUGCAGAUGGCGUGCUAUCCUACUUCAUAUAAUAAUCUGAUGAUGAUUAAGAUUUAGAUGUGCCACAUUUCAACCAUAGCUUUUUAGGGAAAUAAUGUGCCUUAAAAUCAUCCUCCAAAUAGUAAAUUACUUUAGGAUCAGAUCUUUUAUACCUACCCAUUAAUUUAACACCAGGCCAAAUUCAAUGUCCAGCGACAGUACCAUCCAGAACAUACGUAUUUCGUGUUCACGAGAAGCUUCUGUCCAUAAAAACUAAAUGUAUUAUUAAAUUUAUAGGAACGCGAAAAUAUACAACUAAAUUAAGAGCAUGAAUAUAAAAUCCAACACUGCCUUAUCGAAUAUGUAGAAAUGGCAAGUUUAUGAGAGCGCUUUAACAUAUUUUUAGUAAUUCUACUUUACGAAUGCCAAAAUACUUGUUGCCAAAUUGCCAAGCGCUGAUGCUGCCACGUGGAAACCUCAUUCGGGCCUAAAUCCAGCGCUACAAAAUAAAAUUCCAAUCUAAUAUGAGUAAAUAUGCCGCGCUUUUAAAUAAAUAACCGCAUCUAAGCCAAGACUCGCACCAAUACUAUUCCAAUCAGUUCUGGAAUAAAAGGACCAUAGUGCAGUGUGAAUGAGGGAAUGUCAGUGUGGGUGGGAAGCGGCCGCGCGGGCGGCGGACUCGCGCCGCCCGUCACCACAGCCCCGCUGCUCUCCACCAAUACGUCCAUGGAGUCCGGGAUCGAGGCCGGAGUCCUACCCACGGUCACCGGCUCGCUGGCCUCGGCACGGGAUUCGCUGGGCUCGCUGUCGAGAGCUGCCGAGCCGCUCUAUGAUACGGAUCAUACGGAUCUCGGCUCGGAGUUGGACGAGGCGGAGAUCCGAAGGGAGUUGAUGCAUGACAAAUGGCGGUUACUCUUUGAUAGGUUUGACCCUGAAGGCUUUGGCGAGAUCCCGUGGCCCGACUUCUUGGUGACACUACAGAACCCUGACUUCAAAGCGCAGGUGCCGCCCCACAAACAAGAGAUCCUUCUGGAUAAAGCUCAGACUGCAACUAGUGACUCCAUCACGUUUCAGGAGUUCGUCAAUGUGAUGAGCGGCAAACGCACGCGCAGCUAUAGAUGCGCAGUGCACCAGCGCGACCGCGAGGUCAGCUCCGAGAACGACUUCCGACUGCUACUUGAAGACCCUACGUUCUUUGCCAGGAUGGUCCACUUAGUCGCUAUGGAAGUGCUGCCGGAGGAGAGGGAGCGGAAAUACUACCAGGAGCGGUAUACAUGCUGCCCUCCACCGCUGUUCAUCAUCUGCGUGACACUCCUCGAGCUGGGCGUCUUCGCAUGGUACGCGUGGGGCUCGGGCGGCGUGGCGGCGGCGGCGGGUCCCGUGCCCGUGGACUCGCCGCUGGUGUACCGGCCCGACCGCCGCCACGAGCUGUGGCGGUUCCUCACCUACAGCGUGGUCCACGCCGGCUGGCUGCACCUGGCCUUCAACCUGCUUGUACAACUAGCGGUUGGUUUACCUCUCGAAAUGGUCCACGGAGCGCUCCGCUGCGGCGCCGUGUACCUAGCAGGCGUCCUCGGCGGCUCCUUAGCCGCCUCCGUGCUAGAUCCGGACGUCUGUCUAGCGGGCGCGUCAGGCGGUGUCUACGCGCUCUUAGCGGCACACCUCGCCAACGCGCUGCUCAACUUCCAUGCGAUGCGGUACGGCGCGGUGCGGCUGGUAGCCGCGCUGGCCGUCGCGUCGUGUGAUGUGGGCUUUGCGGUUCACGCUAGGUAUACUAAGGAAGCGCCACCAGUAUCAUAUGCGGCGCACGUAGCGGGUGCGCUCGCCGGCCUCACAAUAGGAUUACUAGUGCUCAAACACGCUCAGCAGCGACUAUGGGAGCGGCUACUCUGGUGGGCGGCGCUCGGGGCCUACGCGGCGUGCACGUUGUUCGCAGUCCUUUACAAUGUGUUCAGUGCUCCUAUAGACGAACUGCACUACAUGCCCCCCGACCCGCCGCCUGAUGCCGGCUUCUGACCUGACUUCCGUCUGACUUAGGCGACCUUGAAACGCGCUAUUUGAUCUAUAUAGCGAGAGUUAUUGAGCUUUGGCGGACUGUUUAUAAGUCGAUAGUUUGAUGUUGAAUAGUCUUCUCGGAAGCCUUGACGUUUGAUAAAAGAUUAUAAUGUUGGUAAUAUACAGUGUAAUAAUUUAUCAAACGCCGGCUUAGACUGUAGGCGUUUCGAGAUUAUUUUCCGCCUAAGUUAUAAUUCAUGUAAGUCGAAGCCUGAGUAACGCAACCAGUGCGACCCACUCACAACGCCUAGUCAAUUUACCUUAGUGUGAUUCGCGAUAAGUAGCAUUAUUUGAGGAGGUUAGUUUCUUUUAGUCUUACACACCGUGUAUGUUGUCUAUUCCAGUAAGAUUUAUGAAUCUUUGUUUUUGUAUUUGCCUCGUGAGGUGAUUUGUCCGUUUAUUGGUUGUUAGGGAGUUAAGUCAGCGCCUCCUCGCAUACUUAAUUGUUAAGUAGUGUUAAUUGUAUUGGAUAGGUGAACUAUUUUUGUACUAUCUGCGUCCGUGUUAGAAAGAGAAGGCGUUACCGCGACAACACUGUUUCCAUGUGUACUGGCGCUACAACUAAAUGCAUUGAUUUAUAAGUGUAAAAUCGUUUUUUUUUAAAUAAUAUCACUUAAAUUAUAAUGAUAAAAUAAUAAUAAUCCAGCACAUUGAGUUGUAUUCGAGGAUUUAUUAUAAUUUAUUUUCUCUUUCGGUUUUUUCUUAUAGCUUCUCGAAAUCAGUCAUUUGAUAAUAAUCAAAUGACUGAUUUCGAUUAAAAAUAAUUUUAAAGAGUAGGUAUCACACUCAUUGCCGUCCAAUGAGAUUAAAGUAACGUUGCAUUUAGUUGAAAGGGCCAGCAUAGUUAUACCCAGCGCACCAAAGAUUAGGAUAAAAUGGCGUCCAAGCAAAUAUGGUGAAUUAUUAUCUUUCCGUAGUAUUUGAUUUAAUCUAAUCUGAAUUAUGUAAAACUGUGUCAGUCUCACUGAAAAGGGACCUCUUACCACAAUGAGAACCCUUUUUAAUGAGAACGACACAUAUAUGUUGAUUUGUCGGAUAUAUGCCGCUAUUGAUUUAACAGUAUUACUAAACAAUUGUUAAGUGGUCAGCAACUAUUUCUUGCUCAAUUUAUAUGAUUGCAAUUAUAAUCUCAAAUGAUUAUGCUCAAAAGCGAGUUUUUAUUUUGUGGGAUCAAUUAUUUACGAAUAAUAGUUUGUAUUCCGGGAGCCGCGGCGCGGCGAACACUGUAGAUAUUUUAAUUGUGCCUGAUUCCUAUUAUUGUAAUUUUAAUUGUAUACUUGUAAUCUAAUCAAAUGUCACAAAACGACUGAAUUUUGUAUAAAUUAUUGCAGAGUGUUUUUCAUUUAAUUUAUUUUAAAAUUAUUUUAAGUGUGAAUCGAGAUAAUUAUUAUUAUGUGAUUAUACGAAUGAAAAUAAGAAUGAAUAAUGAUUAAAAAUGAUUGAAAGCUU